AUGGUCAGAGACACCUAUGGGUUCAUAAACACCUGCUUGAAAUCUCUUGUAAUUGAGAAGUUUGGGGAAGAUAACUGGGAAAAACUAAAAAGUUUGGCUGAUGUUCAAGAUACCUUUAUGACAUAUGAAGUAUAUGAUGAUGUUAUUACCUUGAAAAUUAUCAAAGAAGCUUGCAGAAUGCUCAAUGUGUCUGAAGAAAAUGUGCUUAAACUUUUUGGAGAAUAUUUCUUCUCUUUCUGUAAGCAGUCUGGAUAUGACCGAAUGUUACGUACGUUAGGAGGAAAUUUAAUGGAAUUUGUUGAAAACCUAGACACUCUUCAUAGCUACUUGUCUCUCUCUUACAAGGAAAUGAAUGCGCCAUCAUUUCGUGUGGAGAACAGUAAAGACGGUACACUGCUUCUGCACUACUACUCUGACAGAAGUGGAUUGUGCCAUAUUGUCCCAGGGAUAAUUGAGUCAGUUGCAAAAGACUUCUUUGACAGUGAAGUAACUAUGCAGAUUAUUUAUCAAAGUGAAGAACAUGAACGAACAGGAAAAAAGGAACAUGUUAUAUUUGAAGUCUCACAGACUACAAAAGACCACAAGAGAAAACUGUCCCAGCACCUGAACUCACCAGCUCAAACCUAUCUCUAUAACAAUCAGGUACUAACCAUGAUGUAUUCAAAUAAUAUGAUGAAGAAAAACACAGAUAAAAAUACUUCACCCCAUUAUCCAAUAAAGAAAUCCUACUGGAAUAUUAUCAGGAAUAUUGUAAUGUUUGGAAGAGGACAUUUGUUUAAUUCCUUCCGACCGGUUUACCCCGAUAAACUAUGGGUGGAUGAGAAAUCUUUCUGCAAUGAGUUUCCUUUCCAUAUAGUGUUUGACAAACAACUAAAGGUCAAGCAAUCUGGGGUGAACAUCCAGAAAUAUGUUCCUGGAAUACAGACAAUGGACAUCAGACUGGAUGAAUAUUUCACACUUGUACAUCCACAAGUUACGUUCACUAUUUCAAACAUUCAAACAUUUAUCAACAGUCAGUUUGUCCUGAAAACUAAAAGAGAAAUGAUGCCUGAAACAUGGAGAGAUCAUCCGAUGCUUAAACUGAGAGGACAAAUGAUUUGGAUGGAGACAAUACAAUGUGUGAUGUACAUGUGUUCGCCAAAACUUCGUAGUCUUCAAGAGCUGGAGGAACGCAAUAUGCAUAUUUCUGACAUAGCAAAACAUGAUGUAACAAGAGAUCUGAUCUUAUUGAACCACCAAAGACUGGCUGAGAUUGAACUCUCCAAUCAGCUAGAGAGAAAGAAAGAAGAGCUACGAAUACUGUCAAAACAUUUGGAAAUAGAAAAGAAAAAGACUGAAACUUUGCUGUAUGCCAUGCUCCCAAAGCACGUGGCCAAUCAGCUGAAGGAAGGCAAAAAGGUCCAAGCAGGUGAGUUUAAGACCUGCACUAUCCUGUUCAGCGAUGUAGUGACAUUUACAAAUAUAUGUGCAGCCUGUGAACCGAUCCAUAUAGUAGAUAUGCUGAAUUCAAUGUAUUCAAGGUUUGAUCGCCUUACGAGUAUUCAUGAUGUGUACAAGGUUGAAACCAUAGGAGAUGCGUACAUGGUUGUUGGAGGGGUCCCAGUUCCGGUUAAAAGUCAUGCUGAGAGAAUUGCUAACUUUGCGCUAGGCAUGAGGUUAGCAGCACGGGAAGUCAUGAAUCCUAUAACUAAGGAACCUAUACAGAUCAGAGUUGGAAUUCAUACAGGACCUGUAUUAGCUGGAGUGGUUGGAGAUAAAAUGCCUAGAUAUUGCUUGUUUGGUGACACUGUAAACACUGCUUCCAGGAUGGAGAGCCAUGGUGUUCCUGAUAAAAUACAUUUAAGCCCAACAACUUUCAGUGCCUUAAAAGAUCUUGAUUUUGAAAUGGUGGAAAGAGGUGCCAUUGAGAUCAAAGGAAAAGGAAUCAUGGCUACUUACUUCUUGAUAAAAAAUGUGCAUUGCUCAGAUGAUGAGAUUUUGGGGAGACCAAAGCUAUUCACUUCAGAACAAAACCUUUGUCAGCUUGAAGAUGAUACAAAGAAAACACUGGACAGUGAAUUCGUUGUGAUGAACUAUGAGAGCGGAGAGACUGAUCAGAAGAUAUCAGUGAAUGAUUCUAUUGUACCAAUGAAUGAAAAAGUCCUUCCUAAAGCAUCACCUAAAGCAGAACAGACUGAGGACAGCAAUGGAAACCAUGUUGACAGUGACAAUCUGAAUAGCAGGACAUGUCUUCUCUUUUAA